UUGUUUCCUCACUAAACUACUCAAUACCUCUAUGGAGAGAUCUACGGUUUUUCACCUCUUGAAGCGUGAAAUUGCUUUAGUUAGCAUUACAACCAAAUGAAAGAAACACUAAUUAAAUGUCGUCACUCGUUUGGAAACUACAUAUCAAUCAUCAACAACACCACCACGAAACCACGAGAUGUAAAUUCAAAAAGUGAGACUCAAAUAUUGUUAAUUUCCAAUUUGCAUGACGAACCCCACAAGCACCUUAUAAUUAAUUAAUUAAUUAAUAAAAUUCCCCUUCUAUUAAUCUCAUUCCCCACUGUGAAAAUCGUCGUCAACAUUAACAUCAGCACAAACACAACUUGUUUGGUUCUCUUCCUCGUCUUCGCAGUUCGCAACCAUGACCACCUACGGAACAAUCCCAACCUCGUCUUCACCGUCCACGAACCUCGAGUUCAUCUCACGCGCCAAACAAAGGAUCAAAACCGGGUUGGGCACUCGCCGGCCAUGGAAGAUCAUGUUCAAUCUCCGAUCGUUCGGUCUUCCCGGCGGCGUCUCCGACGCAAUCUCGCGAAUUCGGGUGAACAUCGGGUACUUCCAGAUGAACUACGCUAUAAUCAUGCUUCUGGUGCUGUUCCUGAGCCUCCUAUGGCACCCAAUAUCGCUCAUCGUGUUCAUUGUCCUCAUGGGCGCGUGGCUCUUCCUCUAUUUCCUCCGCGACGAGCCGCUCGUCGUCGCCGGCCGCCUCAUCAGCGAUCGCGUCGUGCUGAUCGUGAUGGCGUUGCUCACCGUCGUGCUGCUGCUGUUAACCGGCGCCACGCUCAACAUCCUGGUGGCGAUCCUCAUCGGAGCGGUGUUGGUGGUGGCGCACGCCGCCGUGAGGAAGACGGAUGAUUUGUUCUUGGACGAAGAAGAAGCUGCUGGGUUGACUCCUGCAGGUGUUGCUGCAUCUUGAUUCUAAUCUUCUUCCUCUUCCUCUUCUUGAUUAUCUUGUUGAUGUUCUUUUAUUUUACUGUGUUUUUAGUAAAUAAUUUUAGGUUUGGUUGGUUUUCUUUUAGUUUAUGAUUUUGCCUUUUUGUGAAGGAAGUUGUUACGAUUCUUCGUAUUGGGUGUCGGUGAUUUUUUUUGGUGUUGUUGGUUACAUCAUUUUUUUUUUCUUUUAUAUAACACUUUGAUUCCCACUUUGAA